UGUGGCUGUGCCUCCACGUAGACUCUGCGCUGCCGCAAUCAACAUGUCCUUCCUUGACGCAAUCCUCAGUCCUCUCCGUUGCAUCCAAGACUAUGCCAAAGUAAUAGCUGACGCAGAUGUCGACUGGAAGAAUCUUGUCGUGCUUUUUUCAUUGGGCGUCUACGUCUUGGAGACCUAUCUUCUGAGCAGACAAUAUCCCUAUUACUCAAGGGAGGCUCCUCCCCCUGCUCUAUCCCAGCAUUUUCCAGGGGAGACGUUCCAGAAGUCGCAGAACUAUGGCCGAGACAAGGCGCGGUUUGCGUUUGUCUACAGCGCGUUUGGUGAAAUCCUGGGGAUAGGACUGAUAUAUGCCGGCGCCCAAGUCUGGGCUUGGAAAAUCGCUGGGGAGUGGUUGACAAAGUGGGGCUACGUUGGAUACGAGAUACCUCAGUCAAUCCUUUUCAUGGGUAUACUUCUCCUUGCUUCGGCCAUACCUUUCUUGCCACUGUCGUAUUAUCAGACAUUCGUUCUUGAAGAAAAGCACGGAUUCAACAAAAUGAAUGUCAGACUGUUCAUCACCGACACCCUCAAGGGUUGGGCCCUCACAUUUUUCAUCGGGAGUCCCUUUUUAGCCGGUUUUCUGUGGAUAAUUCGUUGGGCCGGAGACGGAUUCAUUCCCUGGCUGAUGUCAUUCUUAAUUGCCUUCCAGCUUGUUAUGGUGGUCCUUUAUCCUACUGUGAUCCAGCCUUUGUUCAACAAGCUUUCGCCCUUGCCACAAGGUCCUCUUCGGACUCGCAUCGAAGCGCUGGCGUCCCGGCUUAAAUUCCCCCUAACGGAUCUUUAUGUCAUCGAUGGUUCAAAGCGAAGUGCUCACUCUAAUGCCUACUUUUAUGGUCUUCCAUGGAGCAAGCAUAUAGUAAUCUACGAUACGCUGAUCAAACAAAGUGCCCCAGAAGAGAUCGAGGCAGUGUUAGCGCAUGAACUUGGCCACUGGUGGUACUCGCAUCCCCUCAAACUGAUGAUCAUCUCAGAAGUCCACCUUCUUCUCCUCUUUUCUGCCUUCCCAGCUUUCCUCCAAUCCGCGUCGUUGUUAACAUCUUUCGGAUUCCCAACCUCCGUUGCUCGUCACCCCCCAAUCAUUAUAUCAUUCAUGCUUUUCCAAAAUCUUUUUACCCCAGUCGAAGCGCUGUUGACCAUGGCAAUGAAUGCCGUUAGCAGAUAUUUCGAGUGGCAAGCCGACAAGUUCGCUUUUGAACAGGACGUUUCAGAUAAUGAUGAGAAGGCUGCGACAGAGGGUAAAGACGGUUCUACGGAUGGUGUUGCCGCUGAUGACAUGGGCGAGAGGCUCGCCAAAGCACUUAUUGGACUGCACAAGGAGAACCUAUCGUCAGUUUGGGUUGACUGGCUUUACUCCGCAUAUCACCACUCGCAUCCCACGCUUCCAGAAAGGUUAAGGGUGAUGGACGAUCUUCGAAGUCAGAAGAAUCUUCGUGAGGGAGCUUCGGCCAAGAAGGAGCUGUAAACUACAGGACAAAACCAGUAUUAAUGCUAGUUAAUAGUACUAUGUAGGCGAUGUUCAAUAUGAGUUUCCGCA